AUGAGUCCGGAAUGUAACGAUUAUUCCUGGGUGUAUUGGUCGUGGACCGAGCAGCCCCGCCUCACCCAGGCACUCCGCGAGGAGCAGAAUGAUAAGACCCGCAAGGUCAACGAGGUCAUCAAAGCGGCAGCUAGAGACCUCGAGACAAUGGGCGUUAUGCAUGUAGAAGGCCUCCAAGACGCUUACAAGGGCCACCGGUACUGUGAAGCGGGGGCCACCAAGGAACAGACGGAAUACAAGGCCCCGGCGACCCCUGACGGUUGGACGGGCGAUGACGAGGGUUUCUUACGUUCAGGUGCGAUGGCUAUGGAUUGUCUUACCUGCUCUGGUUUGGGUUUUGGGGCCCGGAACGUUGGCUGGGACGGUUGGGAAAACUCGACGAGCACAGGUUCCCAAAUGGAAGAAUGA